AUGGUUGAUCCCCGUCCAUACCACGUUCUCAGCUACGGCACCCUUUUGGGUGUGCAGAUCUACCAGUCGUUCGUGUCGGGCGUCAUCGCAUUCAAAGCCCUGCCUCGGCCGCAGUUCGCGCAGCUCCAGACGGCCACUUUCCCCAUCUACUUCUCCCUCCAGUCCGCGCUGCCCGUCGUCGUUGCGUUGACGGCCAGCCGGGCGGGCCAGCUGCAUGGCGUCUCCGGCCUUUUGGAGCCCGAGAACCGCGGCACGCUCCUUUCCAUGGCCACCGUCGCCAUCGCCAGCUUCGUCAACCUGACCGUCCUGCGUCCGAUGACGGUCAAUGUCAUGCGCGAGCGGAAGCACCAGGAAACUCGCGACGGCAAGAAGAGCUAUGACCCGGCGCCCCAUUCCAAGGAGAUGAUCGCUCUCAACAAGAAGUUCGGCCGUCUUCACGGUAUCUCUAGCUUGGUUAAUAUGGUUUGCCUGGGUGCUACGGUCUACUACGGUGCUGUGCUCGGGAAGCAGUUGGCGUAGGUGUUGGACUUGCCUGAUUUCCGCAAGGACAUGGAGAGAGGCAUGGGGGUUGGGGGGUGGGGGAGAUUACUCCCAAACUAGGGUAGAGGCUGGUGAUAGCGUUGAUGCAAUUCACAACUAAGAUCGAAUGGACAAUGGCAAAUCCAUGAAUGAGAGC